AUGGCUUCGACUACAAAUUCGAAGCAUUUGGAAGUAAACGGCGACUGUUUAUACACGAAUAAAAGAUACAAAAUGGAAACUAAUAAAGUGACUGUAGUUUUGGGCGCUCAAUGGGGCGAUGAAGGAAAAGGAAAAGUUGUGGAUCUUCUGGCUGUAAACGCUGACAUCGUGUGCCGCUGUCAGGGCGGUAACAACGCCGGUCACACUGUUGUCGUGGAUGGCAAGGAGUUUGAUUUCCAUUUACUGCCGAGCGGUAUCAUCAAUCAGAAAUGUGUCUCAGUUAUAGGAAAUGGUGUAGUGAUCCACCUGCCUGGUCUGUUUGAGGAAUUGAAGAAGAAUGAAUUGAAGGGUAUGGAGGGCUGGCAACAGAGGCUCAUUAUAUCAGACAGGGCCCAUCUUGUGUUUGAUAUGCAUCAACAGGUCGAUGGUUUGCAAGAGGCUGAAAAGGGAAAGAAUUCUUUGGGGACAACCAAAAAGGGUAUCGGACCAACUUACUCUGCAAAGGCCACAAGAAAUGGAAUAAGGAUUGGUGACCUUCUUGGUGACUUUGAGAUAUUUGAAGAGAAAUUCCGCACUCUGGCUGCUAACUAUAAGAGAAUGUUCCCCUCAUUGGAAUUGGAUAUAGAAAACGAGCUGGUCAGAUACAAGGAGUACGCUGAGAAAAUAAGACCUCUAGUUAAAGACACUGUUUCCUACUUACAUAAAGAGAUCGCCAACGGAAAGAAAGUUCUGGUUGAGGGAGCCAAUGCUGCAAUGUUGGACAUUGAUUUUGGGACAUAUCCAUACGUGACGUCAUCAAACUGCAGUAUAGGUGGCGUAUGCACGGGCCUAGGGCUCCCGCCCUCACUGAUCGGAGAGGUACUGGGUGUUGUGAAGGCCUACACGACUAGAGUAGGUGAUGGACCCUUCCCCACUGAGUUACAUGAUGAGACGGGCAAUCUGCUGCAAUCCCGUGGUCACGAGGUUGGUGUGACCACGCGUCGCGUCCGCCGCUGUGGCUGGUUGGACCUGGUCGUGUUGAAAUAUACGGCAGCCGUCAACGGAUACUCAUCAUUGUGCCUAACUAAAUUAGACAUACUGGAUACAUUGAAAGAAAUUAAAGUUGGUGUCGCUUACAAACUAAAAGGGAAGAAAAUCGAGUACUUCCCCUCUUCGAUGCCUGAAUUAAGUAAUGUUGAGGUGGAAUACAUAACACUGCCUGGCUGGUGUUGUAGUACAGAAAAUGUGAGGCAGAUGGAUAAACUGCCUGAAGCAGCAAGAAACUAUGUUAGGACCAUUGAGGACUAUCUGCAAGUGCCUGCCACAUUUUGCAUGUUAGAUGGCAAUAUUUUGAGUCUCUUAUUGUCCGUGUGA